AUGUCUCCUGAAGAUAAACGGCGGCUAGCCAUUAUUUUUGUUGCAGUGUGUAUUAUCACUGUAAUUUUUAUUGCUCUGUGUUAUAUUCCAGUCUAUCUGUAUAUACUUUUCAUCUUCAUCGUAUCUUGCGUUGUUUGUUGUUACAAGGCUGAAGAGUUUCAGCUCUUCGACAGGUUGGGCCUCAAUCCUCGCCGUGGUCUGACAGUUCCACCAGUGUUCUCGCGCUGGUUACCGGGAGGGACUUUUUCAGGAGUCCCGAUCCCCGGGAAAAAUAACAAGGCACGGACUAGUAAAAGUGAUGUCAGGAGUUUUUUAGCCUCACCAUACGAGAGGCAUUUUGGAAGUUCCGUUUGUAGGAAAGACACAUCAUUUAGUGACUCGUUGUUCAGUCCCCGGGAUAUACUCAUGGGAAGUUAUAUCGGCAAGUCAGAUGGUCCCUCCGGCGCGGCGAGGCCCGAAGGUUCGGGGACUUUUGCUAACCCCAGAGAUCAGCUUCGCGAAAGACUUACUAGACCUAAUCACGGAGCGCACACACCUAACAGGAGGUUGUCCUUUGGGGAGCCUCUUGGUACAGUAAGUAGAUUCACCAUCACUCCUCAGAGACACUACCCCCUCCAGCAGACAGGUACAUCGGCUCUGGGUGUAUUACCUCCAGCCCAGUGGGAUGGUUUUCGCAAGAAGAACAUUCUUACUCCACGCAAUUCCCCUGUGGUUCACAGUCCAGUCACAGUAAAGAUUGCACGACCGGACAGUAGCUCUACCCGCUCUCCGUUUUUUGAUCACUUGAACUCCCCUGGAGCUGUUAUGUCUCCAGGGUUUGGGGCAGCACCUGCAGACCCCUGCUCAAGAGAGUCCGUUCUGAGCGUGCUCAGAGAAAGCCGCAAACGUGAGGUGGACGAUGAGGAGAAAGGUCAUGCAGCCGGACAGAAGAGCAAAAGAAGGCGCCACGACAGUAGCGCAAGUUCCCAGUCUGCGUUUGAACCGCUGCUGGCCAAUGGAACGCCUUCACAACUUGUGCCAAAACCUGGCAGUUUAAAACGUGGGCUGAAUGCCUUGGUGGUGGAGGAAUCCACAAUGAAGAGAUCACGUACCUCCUCCAUCAGCUCUGUUGGUGGUGGUCAGAAUCCUGGUGGUGUCCUUGGCUCUGCCCGAAAUCCCAUUCGUAGCUCUUACAGCUCCUCACAGAGCUAUGUGAAGAGAAAAAUAACCUCUAGUCUCAGUCUGUCUCCUCUGACAAGCCCAGGAUCAUCGCGCAGCCAGACUCCAGAGAAGGCCCCGAAAAAGCCCAGAGAAGAUGAUGUAAACUCGCCAAGCUCAGCAUCAUCUGUGAGAUCUGAUAAAAUGGUCACUGACACAGCUCCAGCCGUGGGGAAGUCCACACCUACAUCUGAGGCAUCUGCGACGACGUCUCUGUCUGAAUCCGGCGGCAGCGGCGGAAAACGAAAACGGAAAAUUCAACUGGUGUCUAAUCGCAGAGGAGAUCAAAUCUCUCUGCCCCCGCCCCCUGAGUUGGGCUACUCCGUCACUGUGGAGGAUCUGGAUAUGGAGAAGAAAGCAGCAAUUAGUCAGAUCCAGAAGGUCUUUGAGGAGCCAGAGCCAGAGAAGCCGACCCCGGCUCCCUCCGUUCCUGUCUUCUCCCCGCCAACUACGUCUGCGUCUACGGGCGAGGGGGCGCCUGCGUUGAGUGCCACACCGCUUGCAUCCGUUUCCCUCCCUGCUCCCGUGUCUACACCCUCUAGCUCUGCUCCUGCUCCUGCUCCUGCUCCGGCCCCGGCUCCGGCUCCUACCAUAGACCUCACACUCGCCUCCCCCAACCCUGCCAGCACAGUCUCCACCGCCCCGGCCUCCACCAUCUCCACCUCCACCACCACCGCUGUCCCACCCCCUAGUCUGGCCAGCAACCCUCUCCUGGAGUCUCUGAGGAACAUGAAGAACGCCGCUCUUCUUAAUACCCCCGCUUCACUGGGCGCCACCCCGACAGCUCCUGCUGUCUCUUUGGCGGCUCCAGCUCCGGCUCCUGCUUCUGUUGCUCCUGCCGUUCCCAGCGGUGGACUCGUCAAAUCUGAGCCGACGGCCGCGGCCGCGGCGGCUGCGGCAGCGGUACCCCAGCUCAGCCUGGCACCUCCAGCCGGUCAGCCAGCCCCAGCCAUGUCCUCUGCCUUCGCUCAGAUACUGGCCCGGCCCUCGCAACCCUCCUCCUCCUCCACCACUUCUUCUGCCCUCGGCGUCGGUAGUCUUUUCGGCCUGGUGAAACCUGUAGCGACGCCCGCAUCCGCUGCCCCAACCUCAGCAGCAGCAGCAGGAGCAGCCACCGCCGCGCCAGCUGCCAUCACGCAGCCCUCCUCCAGCACCAUCAGCAACCCCUUGUCUACUGGGUUCAAACCCAUUUUCGACCCUGCCACGACAGCCCCAACCUCCUCCACCGCAAACCCCCCGCCGCCCACUUUUAAACCCAUAUUUGAAGGCUCGGCGGGUAUUUUCGGGCAAACGGCUGCCGCGGCAACUUCCUCCUCGGCCCCCGCAGCUUCGGCGACAAACAGCCUGCCGUUGUUUAGCACGCUCACCAGCAACCAGACGACUCCGGCCACUGCCCCCUCCUCGGCCGCCAACACCCAGAAGUCCACCAACUCUCUGUUCGGGAACUGGAGCGCGACGACUGCCCCUGCCGCUCCAGCCGCAAACAGCGGCUUUCAGUUCGGAGGCUCAUCCACCACAGCGGCUGCCUCUGCCCCAGGCCCCAGUCUCACUAACACCAGUAACACCACUAACGCUUUCCAGUUCGGCGCGAUUAAACCUGCAUCCACAUCCUUGACCAGUGGACAAGCGACUUCUCAGAGCACCUUUACCUUUGGGGCGCCCCCAGCGGCGGCCCAGAACUCUACCCAGAAUUCAACACCUUUCGGAGGCUUCAGCAUGACCACCACUACUGCCGCCACGGGCACCUCCACGAGCCAAGCCACCUUCGGAAACCUUUCAUUCAACGCGUCAACGUCGUCAUUCCCCGGGGCCUCUCAGGCGCCCGCGGCAAAGCCGUUCACGUUCGGACAGAGCGGGAACGCCGGGAAUGCCGGGAACGCCGGGAACGCCCCUUUCACCUUCGGAGGUGCUACCUCGACUGCCGCCCCCUCGUUCGGGACCGCCAGUCAGCCAGCGUUCGGCGGGGCGUCCUCGUCCGGAUUCUCGUUCGGUAACACCACGACACCGUCGGUGGUGCCUGCUUUUGGCGCCACCACACAGACUGCUGCUCCGCCCCCUGUCCCCGCCCCCACGUUCGCUUUUGGAGGGGCGUCCACGGCUCCGCAGAACUCAUCUCUACCCGCACAGAACAAUCCAACACAGCCAUCCACAGGGGGGUUCAGUUUUGGGGCAGCUCUGUCAGGUAGCACGUUUGGGACACCCAACCCUGCCACUCAGACUCCAGGGUUUUCAUUUGGAGCCAGCAACACCAACGAUAACAAACCAACAUUUGGAACAUCCACGCCUGCCUUCGGCCAAGGGGCCGCGUCCGCUCCCAUACCGUUCGGCAGCCCUGGGACUCCAGCCCAAGGCUUUGGCUCUAUGCCCUCACCUUUUGGCACUCCGUCAGCCAGCUUUUCUAUUGGCGCUGGUUCGAAACCGUCAGGGGCACGUCAGAGACUGCAAGCACGCAGGCAGCACGCCAGAAAGAAAUAAAGCCGCAAGCUUGU